UACAACCAGAGAGUUCUGACUGUCAUGGCUGCCGUUGAGUUGGCGGAGACCGGGCCGGUGUUGUAGAGCCGGAGCGGGAUAUGAAGCUGUCACCGGUCACAGGAAGAACCGAGCUCUGAGGCCUCAUUGUCUUUCUGAGUGCCCAGCCCCUCCGCGCUCCCUCCGCCUGUCUGGUCGGCUCUGCCCCGGAGUAAGGUUCCGGUUCGGUCGGGGAUUCUCCAGGGUCUCUCUGCCUUCCUGCAGCCAUGGCUUCCUGGUUCGGGGGUCUUGGGUCUGGCCUGGGCCAGGUUGGGGGCAGCCUGUCCUCCCUGACAGGACAGAUCUCCAGCUUCACCAAAGACAUGUUACUGGAGGGGGCCGAGGAGCUGCCAGAAGGAAGUCCAGAGCUCCAUGGCUCCCGGGAAAUAGAGAGCGUCCAGGCUCUGCAGAAGUCAGAGAAUGAGAGGCUGAAGAAGCUGUGUUCAGAGCUGGAAGACAAACUGGAGGCGGCUGAACUACAAGUGAAGCAACAAUCUGUGGACUACAGGAACCGGCUGCAGCAGAAAGAGGUGGAAGUCAGCCAUCUCAAGGCCAAGCUGAACUCCCUCCAGGAUGAGCUGCAGAAAUCUCAGGUCUCCGCACAAAUGUCCAGUGUUUCUUUUCAAGCAGCCGACUCUUCCGCCUUCAUGUCCAGCAUCCAGCCGCCGCUUUCCAGCUUCCAGGGGGAUGAUAUGGACUUUGGGGAUGUUAUCUGGUCUCAGCAAGAAAUCAACACAUUGUCCAGUGAGGUGUCCAGGCUGAAAGCGGAGGUGUCUCACUGGAAGCACAUAGCACAGUCUUCAAAAAUUCAAGGGGCCCAGAGCGCUGACACCGACGAGAUCUGCAUGCUGCAAAAUACCAUUAAGGAGCUGAAGCAGAAGUUGAGUCAAGAAAUAGAUGAUCAUCAGCACGAGUUCUCUGUGCUGCAAGACGCUCAUCGUCAGAAACUGGCAGAGAUCACAAGGAGGCACCGAGAGGAGUUGGGAGAAUAUGAGGAGAGGAUCGAAGAGCUUGAAGAGCAUCUCGGCACAGGAGCAGCAGAAGGCAGUUCUGAAAACUCCAGAGUAAUUGAACUGCAGAAGACCAUUCUCUCCCUGGAAGAUGAAAAAACUGAAUGUACCCAGAAAAUUCAGGCGCUGGAGCAGAAAGUCAGCGAGCUGGGUUCUCUGGUGUCCUCCGUGGAGGAGGAGAAGAGUGUCCUGCGUAUGGAGAAGGAGAUGGCAGUAACUGAGAGGAACGGGUUAUCUCUGGACUACGAGAAGCUGGUGUCUCAGUUCACAGAGUUGCAGAAAUCUGGGGAGUCGGGGGCUACAGGAGACGUUGGCAACCUGAAGCACGAGGUUAAGCGCCUACAGGAAGCCCUCUUGGAUGCUGAAAAAGAAAUGAGCAGAAAGUCUCAGUCUGAACAGGCGGAUGGUGAUUCCACACCAGAGGGUAAAGAUACAAUAGAACUGGAGAACAAAACGCUCUUCUUGGAGGAGGAGGUAAAACGCCUGGAGAAAGAAAAGGAUGUACUAAAAGCAGAACUGGACUUUGUGUUGUCCUCAUCUGCCAAACAAUCCGACCUCGAUCAGCUGAGAAGACAGCUGGAAGAAAAGGAGAAGAUGCUGCAGGAAAGUAUUGCCAAAAAGGAGACGCUUACAGCAGAAAUAGAAGAACUGGAUACACAGAAUCAGGAAACCAUGCAGCACUUGAUGCUUAUGAAGGAGCAGUUAUCAAAACAGAAAACUGAGGCAGAAUCCCAAAUUGCUCAUUUAACAGCAGAACUGCAAAGCGAAAAGGAGAAAUCGUUGAAAACUUUUUCAGAAAACAACAACUUAUUACAAGAGCUAGAGUCCGAGAGAGAGAGUCUCCGUGACCUGCAGACAAGCAAACAGCAGCUAGAGGCCCAGGUGGCCGAGAUGCUGAAGAAGCUGGAAGCAGACAAUGCCGGCAUCAUUGUGGAGAAUAGGCAGCUUCAAGAAACGCUAAACGAGGUCAGUCAAGAACUGGCCUCCGCCAAGGACAGCUCUGCAGCGAGACUCAAAAAUAAGAGUGAUGGCGAGAGAGAAUCCGAGAUUGUAAAACUUCAUAACCAACUUUCAGAGGUGAAGCAGCUGAAAGACGACUUGGAGAAAGAAAUCUGUGACCUCAAGAUGGAAAAUGAGAUGUUGCUGUCAACGCAAGAACAGGCUAAACAGCAGCUGCAGGAUGUCACCGCACAGACCAGCAAAGAUUCCUUGGAGAAACAGACCUUGGUUGAGGCUUUAAGGAUGGAGAAAGGGAGACUGGAGGUGGAAUUAAAUCAAGUGGAGAACCGACUACAUGAGCAGGCUCAAAAGUACGAACGCACUAUCAAUGAACUUUCUAUCGCCCAAAAGAUGGACACCACCGCCCUGCAACGUGAGCACGAGCGACUUAUUAAGCUCAAUCAGGAGAAGGAGUUUCAAAUGGCAGAAAGCAAAAUGUCCUUGGAGCAAAUGAAAAUCGAUUGCGAAGAAACCAAGGAGAUGCUGACAAGUACGUUAGACGGACAGAAGCAGCUCACUGAACUGAUCCAAGAGAAGGAGGCUUUUAUAUGUGAACUUAAAGAAAAGAUCUUUGACAUGCAGAAAGAGCUGGACCAGCACCAGAAAUCAUCAGAAGAGUGUGGUGUCUUAAAACAGACCAUCGAGGAAAAGGAAAGAACAUUGGCCUCCAUGAAGGAGGACAACAGCCAUCUUAAGGAGGAGAUGGAGAGACUGAAAGAUCAGCAGAGCCGACCACAGCCAGCAGUGGAACCAAAGACACUGGACAUCAUCACCGAACUAGAGGCUGAGAUAACACAACUGACUAAAGUGCGUAAUAAUCACGAGGAAGAGCUGAAAGUUCAGAAGAAAGCGGUGGAGAAACAGAAUCAGAGCGCGCUUCAGUUCCAGAAAACUUUGCAGGAGAAGAUAAAAGAAAUGGAUGAAAUCAAGAUGCAACACAAGGAAAUGGUAGACACUUAUGAGAACCUCCUGUCGGAAAAAGACAGCGAGAUCUCCAGUCUGCAGCAGACAAAUGAACUGAUCAGCUCCCAGCUACAGAAUGAGCAUCUUAUCCACACAGACACCUCGGUCAUUCUCCAUGAUACCAAGACUCAGAACAUCAACAACAGUGAUAACGGUACUGAGAAACACGACUUGUCCAAAGUGGAGAUCGACCGGCUGGUGAAAGGAAUCAAAGAGAAGGAGAUGGAGAUUAAAAUGCUGAACGAAAAGAACAUCACCUUGACCAAGCAGAUUGACCAGCUGUCCAAGGAUGAAGUCGGGAAGCUCACACAGAUUAUCCAGCAGAAAGACCUGGAGAUACAAAAUCUUCACGCCCGAGUGUCCUCUGUCAAUUACAUGCAAGAUGUGGUGUAUCUCCAGCAGCAGAUACAAGCUUACGCUAUGGAGCGGGAGCAAGUUCUGGCUGUCCUGAGUGAGAAGACAAGAGAGAACAGUCAACUAAGGACAGAAUACCAUAAAAUGAUGGAUGUGGUGGCAGCCAAGGAGUCGGCGCUCUUAAAACUCCAGGAGGAAAACCAGAGACUUUCUCGCAGCCAAGAAGGUAGCACCCAAGACAUGUUCAGAGAGACCCUCCAAAAUCUGUCUCGGAUCAUCCGAGAAAAGGACAUUGAGAUAGAUGCCUUGAGCCAAAAAUGUCAGACCUUGUUGACUGUCCUUCAGGCGUCCAACUCAGAAAACGGCAAUGAAAUGGGAAGCGUCAACAGCAAUCAGUUUGAGGAGCUGCUGCAGGAAAGGGAUAAGCUGAAGCAGCAGGUGAAGAAGAUUGAAGAAUGGAAGCAGCAGGUGAUGACCACCGUCCAGAACAUGCAGCAUGAGUCUGCUCACCUUCAGGAAAUGCUGCACAAGCUCCAGGGUCAGAUAAGUUUGGAUAGCGAUUCUAACUCUAGGAUGCAAAUAGAUUACAACAACCUGAUCCAAAGCUAUGAGCACAACGAGAGGAAGCUCAAGGGUCUCAGCGUAGAACUGAGUAACGUGCAGAGCAAUAUUGGAGAGCUGAACAACACAAAAGAACGCAUUCUUGGUCAACUCGACACUGCCAAGCUGCAGGCGAGUAAGCCUAUCGUGACCCCCGAAAUAGAUCGUCCGUUAGCUGCAUCUUCUGAAUUAAAAGACGAGGGUGUGAGCAAGAUCCUCCAAGAGUACGAGCAACUAAAAAUCCAGAUGCAAAAGAAAGACUCCACUAUCAGGACUCUUCAGGAAAACAACCAGCGCUUGUCAGACUCCAUAGCUCUGACGUCUGAAGAAGGCCGCAGGAGCCAGGAUGAGGCCGUCAUGGAGCUGAAGCAGCUUAAGGAGAGGAGCGAAAUUCUGCAGAAGUCGCUUAAAGAGAAGGACAUUUUCAUAAAGACCAAGGGAGACAAGUUAAGCUCUGCCACCGAAAACCUGAGGAACAAAGAGAACGAGAAUGAGCUCCUGAAGCAAGCGGUCACCAACCUGAAAGAGAGGACGUUGAUCCUGGAGAUGGACAUCAACAAGUUGAAGGAAGAGAACGAGAAGGUGAUGGCCAAAGAGAAGGAGAAAGAAAGUGAAUUCCGAGCUCUACACGAAACCAACAUGCAGUUCUCAAUGCUGCUGCGAGAGAAGGAAUUUGAGUCCAGCUCCAUGAGGGAAAAGGCUUCAGCCCUCGAGAACCUUCUCAAGGAAAAGGAGCAGGGGAAAGCCGGCGAGUUGAACCAUUUGCUGAAUGAAGUGAGGUCCAUGCAGGAAAAAGCCAUUCUGUUCCAACACGAGCGGGACCAGGUGAUGCUGGCGCUCAAACAGAAGCAGAUGGAAAGCGUCGCCCUGCAAAAUGAGGUUCAACACCUAAGGGAUAAGGAGCAGCGUCUGAAUCAAGAGCUGGAGCGCCUGCGCAAUCACCUGCUGGAGAUGGAGGACUCGUAUACCCGCGAGGCGCUGGCGGCAGAGGACCGAGAAACUGAGUUAAAGAAGAAGGUGAAUGUCCUGGAGGAGAGACUGCUGUCCUCGUGCACCGCUGUGGAAACAGCCAGUCAUCAGGCUACGAUGCAGGUGGAGUCUCUGCAGGAGCAGCUGAACCUUGUGUCCAGGCAGAGAGAUGAAGCAUUGCUCCAGUUCAACAUGUCUCAAGAGCAAGUGAAGCAGUACGCAAUGUCACUGAGCAACCUGCAGAUGGUGCUAGAGCAGUUCCAGCAAGAGGAGAAAGCCACGUAUGCAGCAGAGCUAGACAGAAACAAGAAGCAGAACGCAGAGUUCAGGCAGAAGGUGGAAAAACUAGAAGAUAAGGUGGUGUCGCUCCAGGAAAGGUUAGAUGAAGCAAACAGCGCGCUGGAGGCAGCCUCCCGGCUUGCUGAGCAGCUGGACCUGAAAGAGGAGCAGAUAGAGGAGCUGAAGCGGCAAGGUGACUUGAAGGAGGAGAUGCUGGAAGACGCCCAGAAGAAGCUGAUGAACCUGCUGAACAGCACCGAAGGGAAGGUCGACAAGGUGUUGAUGAGGAAUCUGUUUGUUGGUCAUUUCCACACCCCAAAAAAUAAGCGGCACGAGGUUCUGCGGUUGAUGGGGAGCAUUCUCGGACUCGAUAAGGAGGAGAUGGAUGAACUUCUGGUGGAAGAGAAUCGCGGUGUGACCCGAUGGGUGACGGGUUGGUUUGGAGCAGCUCACUCCAAGAGUGUCCCCAAUACCCCACAAAGACCCAGCCAUCAAUCCCUACUAAAUAAUUCCUUCUCUGAGCUCUUCUUGAAGUUUCUGGAGACUGAAUCACGUCCGAAACUUCCUCCACUGAAGAUGACCAUGCAGGACCUGGCGCCGCUGGGUGCAGCCACUAGUGGGAGCCAUAGCACCACCGCGUCAGCUUCAGGAUCCGGGUCGAUUCGACGUCAGGAGUCCAAUCCCUUCCUGGCCCCCCGCUCAGCUGCUGUACCCCUCAUCUCCACCUCUUCGCUGGGAGCCGGCUCGUCGGGGCACCUCCUCAUGAAGCCAAUAUCAGAAACUCUGCCCACGUUCACGCCUCUGCCCGUCUCUGCCGACGCCGGGGCUGUGCUGAAGGACCUCUUAAAGCAAUAGACUGGUCUAUAGGGAGGACUCCGGAGCAACGUAGCACUUUAUAAAGCAAAAAAAAAAACACUAUUGUAUAUAGGAAAACCCAAAGAGGCCUUCUCUGUUCAAUCGGAAGACUGUUUAUUUAAGGAGAACUCUGCCCGGAGCUCAAUGUCCGGCAGGAACCAUGUGACCCUACUAUUACAAUUUAUUCCAGGGGGGCAGUAGAUUUAGUAAUUGGAUGUAAGUGAUUACUUGGAUGGAAUUACUCAUAAUAUAAUGAAGACCGGACCUUGGCAUGAAAUCUACAACUAUGGCGCUCUCGGUGUGCACCGUUUCUUUAAGGGGGUGUGGCUAUAAAAUUGCAACAAAUGUAUCUUCGCGUUAGGACAAUUCCGCGUAACUGAAACUUGACGUUCAUUAACAUCGGCCUCACUUUACUUCCCGCCGCGCCAAAUCAACGCAAUAUCACAUGACCGCACGUCCCUUGUUAAGGUUUCAGAUUAACGUCUCUGCCAAAGUUCACGCAGUGUUAUUUUCUUCCUCGGCCUCGCGUGGCGUUAUGAUUGUGGAGGCGGGGCAUUAUGGUUAAAGGUGACGUCCAUUUGUAUUAAUUUUUUAUUUUUUUUCAUACGCCACGUUCGGCACGUUUUUUUUUCAUAUGUGGGUAAAACCGUAAACCUUAUGACAUGAAGGAGGAGUCAAAAAUAAGGUGGAAAGCAGUUUUACUAUAUGGGGGCAUUAAAGGGGAUGUCUAUGCAAGCACGGUUUAUUGCCUUUUACAUUUAGAGGAGUUCUCAGAAAAACGGUAUACACUGCCGGGGGGGUGGAGCCUGAAACAUGCCAAAGAGAAAGCUCCGCCCCCUCAUGCUCUGUCUUAGGUAUCACAAAGUAUCGUUUGAUCCUGAAGUGUCCCUUUUAACGUGAAAAUACACGGCUCCACAGAAAUGGCGUCUUUUUUUUUUAACCAUUUCCCCUCAGUCUGUGACACCAAAGCCAAUUGUAACCAUUUUAGACGCGUAUUCAGACUUUUCCUCGGUCUAUGGCGAUCAUUUUAUGCAGGUGCGUUUUCCCGUCGGCCGCCGUAUUUUCACCUUUGGUAACAUUGGUGGAUGCGGACAUCCCUGGCCUCCUCUUCCUUUCUAUUGUAUCCCACAGAUUUCAGUCUCCCGUUUUCUCACCGCCCAGGUCGAUCAUAUCAUAGGGAUGUCCAGGAUUAUAAAAAAAAAACAUGGCUGCUUUCUUAAAAAGACAGCGCAGAUCAGCCCCUUUUAUUUCAAGGGGUAUUUUGGUUAUAUUAGAUUAUCCCCUAGAUCGGUGAGGGUCUUGCUGCUGGGUCCCCCACCGAUCACAAGAACUGGGACCCCCGUACCCUGUGGAGCCCCCUGAAAUGAAAAGAGUGGCCGGUUGGACAUGAGCGUGGCCUCUCCAUUCAUUUCUAGGGGAGUUCCCAGCUCUCACUGGAACUCCCAUAGAAAUGAAUGGAGCGGUCGCACGCUUUCCUGACCAGCCGCUCCGUUCAUUAUUGGGGGGGGCUCCACAAGGUAAGGGGUCCCUCUGUCUCAUCGGUAGGACCCCCACCCAUCUAAUAGUUAUCCUCUAUCCACACUUAACUACUAAUAAACAGGAGUACCCCUUUAACUGUGGUUGAGCUGCAGUGUUGGACACAACCCAUGGACAAGUGUGGCAUGGGCUCUUUAAGAAGGCAGCCAUGUUUUCUAAUCCUGGAUGCCCCUUUAGGUCUUAGGUCAGCCCUUCUGUUUUAGUCGUUUGAUCCCAGCCAGGUCACAUGACUCAAAUCACAUGACGUACGCCACUUUUUUCCACCAGUUGAAGUGAAUGAGGAGGAGUCAUGUGACUGGUUCACUUUCCGUUAAGGUCCAGGUAAUGCGAGCCUCUGCCGCAUUUGGACCCCUGCAGCUCGUGGCAGCACUACUACUCCCAGCAUUUGGUACCAACCCAUGGCUUUCAAUAUUUACAUACAAUGAUUGUUUUUUAUUUUUUAUUCCACUUUAAUAAUUAUUAUUAUUAUUUUUUAUAGAAAUGGAAUAGAUUUCCUUAUCGGACUAGCUUGAAGGGAAGCUCUACCACUGUAAGGUCUGCACUUUCCAGUAGGCUUGGUUUCACCACGUUAUCCUUUUCAAGAUCUGUUCUUGAUGUCAGUGAAUGGAAAUAUUAAUUUUUCUUAUGUUGAUGGUCUGAACAACUGUCCUAAUGUCCAUCUGACAGGAGUGGGGCUUUUUUUUUUAAGGCAACGUAGGAUUCCAUUCACUGGCAACAAGCAGAUCGUUUGGAGAUGUUGAUGAAUGAAAACAUAAAGUCUUGUUAGAAAGUUCCAGAGCUUUUCAUUCAUAAAAUGAUGAAACAUUAACAAUUUCAUGCAGUGUUAUGAAAAUAAAGGGGUAUUCCGGCACAAUAAAAAAAAAAAUCAAUGCUCAGUGGUAGAAUAAAGGAUAUUAAAGUCUCCGAUCCUUCACCGCUGAUAUUCCGAAAUGCCUGAAUUGGGUGUUCUGCUCAUGAGGAGAUCAGUAAGUGGAGCGCCUCGGGGACCCGGACACCGGUGGAGGAUACUUGGUAGGCCAUUGAGCAUCGCUUUAGCUGUGCUGUAAUACCCCUUUAAAGGGGUUCUCCAGCAUUAGAAUUUCUUCCAAAAACAGCGCCGCCCCUGUCCACGGGUGGUGUGCGGCAUUACAAAUUGGCUCCUGUAAAGUGUAUGGGGGAUAGAGCUGCUAAACCACACACAACCCAAGCGUGGCGCUGUUUUUGGUGGGGGGUGGAAGCCGUCAUGUUCUUCUAAGGCUUCUGUAAUGUUUCUUGGUCACUGGUACUCCCUUCCACUCAUCCACUUAAAGGGCACCUGGCAGUACUAUGGGCCCCUUAAAAUGACAGCACUUGUGGGUGUGGUUCUGGCUACUGGGGGGGGUCUGAUGCUCCGCAGAAAUGUGAAAACCACUAUGUAGGUGACCCGUGCUCUUUAAGAAAUGACCCCCCCCCCCCAUCCUAAUCUCGCUUCAUUUUAUUUGGGGACUACACAGUAUUUUGGCGCCCCCUCCUCGCUGUGGCACACCAGGAAAUGACGCGUUUUGUAGACUUCUGCUGUAUAUUGGAUUUUUUGUUACAUAGAAGUUCUGGAUUUAUUGUAUCUUUGCUGGGCUUUAGUGUGAAUAUGAUGUAUAGAGAAUAAAUGAAAGGACUCAUUCA